AAAGACUCCACGCUCCCUCCACCUGCGCUUCGAUAGUUUCGAUUUAGAAAGUUCUUUUCCGUCACCAAGCUUACCUGACGUAGAAAACCCAAAGCCAAAGCCAAGGAAAGGAGAGGAGGAAGAAGCCGUGGUUGAAAGAGGAAUAGAGAUUAUGACGUUGGCUCUCUCUUCGGCAACGUCUGCUUCUUAUUUCAUCACUCGUCGUAAUGCAAAGCCUUCUCCGGUUAUCAAAACGACCUUCAUGACUUUGAAACCAGCGUCGUUUCCUUCCCCUUUAACCGCCGUCAUUGUGUCUGCCGGGGCGCGGAUAAUCGUUUCUUGCCAAGCUGUCUCCACCGCUUCCCUCGACAAGGACGAGAAAAACGCGUCGGUUUCGGGGUCCGCCGAAGCCGAUGAGGAAGCUAAAGUAGGGGCCAAGGUUAAGGUGAAGGUACCGGUCAAAGUGUAUCACGUCGUUCGCGUGCCGGAGUUGGAUCUGAUCGGUAUGGAAGGAGUGAUUAAGCAGUACGUUGGGAUCUGGAAAGGGAAACCGAUAUCAGCUAAUCUUCCUUACAAGGUGGAGUUUCUUAAGGAAAUUGAAGGCCGAGGACCUGUCAAGUUCUUCGUCCAUCUUAAAGAGGAGGAAUUGGAAUUCCUUGAUUAGAAAUCUCGGUUCUUCUCCGUACGCCAGGCAAAAUUACUCUUUUUUUAAGCAUCUAUUUGCUUUCUUUCUUAUAACCAAAAGCCAAUAAUUGCUCAUUGUUGUAUAUAUUUUACCUUUACCGUUCAGUUCUACCUGGGAAUCUGAUUUCUUUGUUUUUGUUUUCUGUUCGUUACUUUGUAGAGUCGAAGUUCCUAUACCUUAAAUAGAUUUGAACUUCUUAUAUCUAGAGUUACCUUAAAUAGAAUUGAAGUUCAUAUA